GCGAGCAUCGCGCGCGUUCGUUCUCUCGCGUUCACCCGUCGAGUCAGUGAGUCAGAACCGAGUUACCGAGUACACGGACCGUUAUCUGUCAAUGAGAAGUGAAUCCCAGAGGAAGCAUUGACCGAUGCAAAACUCGAAGAGUGACUUGAAAUGGUUCACGAUGUACCAUCAAACAGAAGGAUUGAUAAAUCAGUCUCAUUGACGCGAGAUCGAUUCGUGAAGGAAACUAAAACCUGUUGAUAAUAAAAUAGCGAGAUCAUCGAUGCGACAUUUCGUCAGUCCGUGAGUCGAGCGCAAGGUUUCAAGGAUAACCGUAAGAAGAACCGUCGGAUCAACCUUCAGAUAGAUCGCCAAUGGUACGGAGAACGGUGGGCCAGUGUUUCGAGCCGACCCUGCAGGAUCUAGACGGGGGAGGAUGCAACAGCAGCAGACCCAGCAGGAUCAGGACCAGGAGCGGGGAAUCGUAAUGAUCCCUACGACCUCGAGCUCCACGGAUGCCCGCGACGCGACGAAUGAGGCCGGCCUGCCGAAUCUCACCCUGCAGAGCGUGGCCCUGGGCCUGCAGGGUGCCCUCCUCGCCGCCCUCCAAAGGGCCGCUCUGUUACCGCCGGGACACGCGGCCGCGGCUGCUUUGAAUCUCCAAGCUCUGGAGACUUACUUGACUCUUCACCGUCUUCAUGCCACUAGCAGUGCCACGGGGAUCAAUCAGACCGCCGGUGCUACUAAUCAGAGGAUCAAUGAACUGGAAAACUUGAAGAACGAGAGUCUUGUUAAUGAAAGAUUGUUAAGAAGCGACGUGGAGGAUGAGAGGCUGGAUUUUAUUGGGGAAACCGAGGAAGAUCUGGCUCUGUUGGAGGAACAAGACGUAUUGGCUAGCUCUUCUGUGAACGAGGAACUAUUGAGACGGAUAACGGAGGGGAAUCGUGGUGCUGGCUCGUCGAUGACGGUGACUCAAACCCCUCCGUUGACGCAGCAGGUAGCCUCGUCCACCACCUCGUCUAAAACGAUCCAGGCCACCUCCACGUCCACCGAGACCUUGCCUAGGAACUGCAGGGCGUCCCGGCCUAAGAAACAGUUCAUCUGUAAAUUCUGCAAUCGGCAGUUCACUAAGAGUUACAAUUUGUUGAUCCACGAGAGAACGCAUACCGACGAGAGGCCGUACUCGUGCGACAUUUGCGGCAAGGCUUUCCGACGGCAGGAUCACUUGAGGGAUCACAGGUACAUCCACAGUAAAGAGAAACCGUUCAAAUGCGGCGAAUGCGGCAAAGGAUUCUGUCAGAGCAGAACCCUGGCCGUGCACAAGAUCCUGCAUAUGGAAGAGUCGCCGCACAAGUGUCCCGUGUGCGCGAGGUCGUUCAAUCAGAGGAGCAACCUGAAGACGCACCUCCUGACGCACACGGACAUCAAGCCGUACCACUGUGCUUCCUGCGGGAAGGUCUUCCGCAGGAACUGCGACCUGAGGAGGCACUCGUUGACCCACAAUCUGGGCGUGUCGACGUCCCCGCCGCCGCAGCAGCCGCCGCCGCCGCCGACGGGAAUCGCCGGCUCGGUGGUCCUCCAGGAGACAUCCUAGAGAUUCUCGCGACAGUGGCAGUCAGGCCUGGUUAAAGCGGAACAAAAGAUUCUCUGGCCGUUUACCGAAUGGAACAUGGUAAACGUGUGUCAAGUGUCAAAAGUAAUGGACAGUCACUGGUUCGAGUAUGAAAUGGAUCGAAGUAAAGGGAACUAAUGGUGAUUAUGUUCAGUGUGAUCGAAACAGCUGUUUCUGGUAAAUAAAUUGUAAGUCAAAGUGGAGCCAGGAAACUUGGAACCAUUCAGUGUUCCGUAGUUAGGGUCUCGUUGAAAUAAAGCUACUUGAGAUUCUUAAGUAAAGGUUGAUUUCUGGUUGGAAACCUGUUUUAUGAACUAGUUUGUAAUUUUCUGUUAUACACGUACAAACCAAGUUCAAGUAUUUAUGAAUCUGUUCAAAUUUUAGUCAAGCACAUUUCAUUUAAGCCAUCGACUUCCUGUCUAUAUUUAAGUCAAUCAAUUUUCUCUGGAUCGAAUUCAUGUAUCAAUUCAAUGUUAUGAACGAACAAGACAAUCUUUUAAUAACAAAUUUAAUCUGCCUGAAUUUUAUAAUACAAUUCAUGUACAUCACAAGGAGAAUUGUCGUAAACUUGCCUGAAUCAAUGGGACGUGUCCCUAAUUUUUAAUGACAAUGGACGACGAUUUUUAGCCUGCGCUUAGCAUGUAGUUAAUAGGUAACGGAGCGUAUUAGGUUCGACGGUUAGGUCUCUGUAAUUAUACUGCAACGUAUUAAGUAACACCGUAUGUAUGUUGUAA